AGGAGCCAAGUCGGUGCCUCGGUGAGAGGAGCCCGGCGCUUCUCACGCCCCCACCCGUUUUCUCCUCUCGUGACUUCUAGGUGACUGCAGAAAUGUCGUCCCACUUUGAAAACAAGGGCCUGCUCCUGGGCGUGAUGGCCGGCACGGCCGGGAUCAGCCUCCUGCUCCUGUGGUACCGCCAGGCGCGCAAGGGCGGCGCGGGCGCCGCGGCGCUGCUCGCGGCCGUGCACAACGAAGCGCCCAGCGCGCCGGGAGCCGUCGUGGUGCUGCACGGGAGGCAGCUGCAGAUCCUGGAGAAGCUGAACGCCUUGCUGCUCAGCGUGGACGAGCUGAGGCGGGAGGUGCAGUCCCUGCGGGAGGCCGUGCCGCAGCUGGAGGAGCUGGUGCGCGCGGAGCUGCAGGCCCAGGGCGACGCGCAGCGGGCCAGCCCCGCGCACAGGGCAGCGCSGCGCAGGAAAGCCGAGGCAGCGCCUGGCGCAGCCGAGGCCACCAGCUCCGAGGAGGCCGAGAGCGAAGGAGGUUACAUUACAGCUCAUACUGACACCGAAGGAGAGUCUGAGGAAGAAAAGGGAUGGAAGAAAUCGCCUAAUGUUGGGAGACUGGAGGAAGAGAAGGAGUUACUUGACCUUCUACAGCAGGUGGACAGUUUGCACAAGGGUUCAGAGGAUGAUAGAAAGGAAGGUUUCAGACUGCUGCUUGAGAAAGAGGACAAGUACGAGAACUGUGCAAGCUUUCUUUGGAGAGUUGCUCGUGCUUAUGGAGAUCUAUUUGAGCUGACUACAGAUGCUGAGGAAAAGAAGAAGUAUGUUACUGAUGGAAAGAUUAAAGCUGAAAAGGCCAUCCAGCUGGAUGCCAAGAAUGCAGAGAGUCAUCAGUGGUUUGCAAUUAUGUGUGGCUAUAUGUCUCAGUUUGAAAGUGUACAAAACAAAAUCAGGAAUGGUUAUCUCUUUAAGGAGCACCUAGACAAAGCAAUUGAACUUAAGCCUCAAGAUCCUUUUUUAUAUUACCUAAAUGGAAGAUGGUGCUAUUCAGUAGCCCAGUUGUCUUGGAUUGAAAAGAAAGUAGCUACUGCUCUUUUUGGGACUCCACCUACUUCCACAGUAGAAGAAGCAUUGCAGAAUUUCCUCAAGGCAGAAGAAAUGUGUCCAGGAUAUUCCAAGUCAAAUUAUGUGUAUUUGGCAAAGUGCUAUAAAGAUCUUGGCCAGAAAAACAAUGCACUGAAGUACUGUGAUUCUGCGCUCUCAAUUCUCUCAGUGACUAAUGAGGAUAAAGAGACCCAGAAAGACUUGGAGGCUCUACUUCUCACGCUGAAGCUGUGACACUGUGCACUGCUAAGUCUUCCUGCUGUGAUGAAAUUGUGGGAUCAUGAUGGAAAUCUGCAGUCAUUCGGAACUGCAGGUAAAUUGCAGCGAAGCAGGUGGGGAACCUGUCAUCGAUUUUAGUGGAUUCGGAUCAUGGCCUUUAAGUACCUGGCAAUUGUGAUAUGAAAAUGAUUGCAUUAAUUUCUUUGAAUAUUUAUAAAUUUAUGUAUWUAAGUUUAAUUUUGCAUUGUUGACACUGUGAAUUCCAUUCUCUGAACAUGAAGUCCACUGCUGGCAAUGGACAUAUUGGGGAUUAGAGUGAAAAAAUGCAUAGAUCUUACUGUUCAAAUGAUUAACCAACUAAACUGCAAUGCCAGCAUAGAACUGUGUAGCAAAAACAAAAAAUAUAUUCUUUUUAUUUCUAUAGUAAAUUAUAUUUGUAUCAACUGAUCAGCACAGAUGUGUGCAAAGGGAAAUCAUGGAUGUUYUGU